CAAAGAUUAAUGCUCGACUGAAGUCCAGGUGGAUUCGUGCUGCCACGUAUCCCAAAAUUCCGAUUACACAAUUCUUACAUAAUUCUCACAUUCUUCCAUAAUGCAGCACGAAAUUGUGGAAAUGCAAGGUAAACUCAACUUGAAUGGAAACCUUGAAACUAAGGAGGAACACGAUUUCAUGGACAAAGCAUUAAGCGAUAUCGUGAUUCUCCAAGAAAUCUUCCUCCACCUCGGGGACGAAGGUUGGAGCCAGACCUGCCACGAGGUUCGCAACCUCCGUCUCGUCUCCCCCCUCUGGAACAGUGCGCUCCUCUCUAUGACUCCCCCCAAACUCCGCUUCCGUCUCAAGUAUAACUUAAACUUUGACAUUUUCCGUUGCGCCUACUGGCCCGAACCAGAAGUUCCCGCCUUUCUAGAAAUUUGCUCCACCAUGGCGCCCAAACUAGCGCGCUCCCUCUUCUUCCAAAUGUCCUCGAAUGACGAGCAAACCUCCGAAAAUUUGCGCCAUUUCUUCCAAACCUUUCCCGAACAGCUGGAACACGUUACCGUUCGCGGGGACGAGGACGAACUUGCCCCGUUACUCUAUGACAUCCUACAAAUGGCGCCAAAUCUCGUCAGUUUAAAUAUCAUCACGUGCAAUCCGACCCAUCCGACGACAUUCCGCCAUCGCCUCUCUCCCCGCUACUGGGACCCCUUUGCGCCCUUAAUCCCCAUCCAGAACAAGUUGGAAUCCGUCAUUCUGCACCGGUACACCGCCUCGGAUCAAAAAUCCCGCCAUAACGUCCCCGUCUCCAUUUUGGUUCAAGCCAUGCUUCACUCCACCCCGAAUCUGACCCACUUGAACGUCAUGGAUUACCAGUGUCCACAGCUUUCUUACUGCACUAAACUCCGCGACCUAACUUUUUUCCUACUCCCGCCCGAAGGCGAGGAAGAAAUGUUGCAAAAAUUGGAAGAUUUUUCCAUGGUGUUGAACCACGUUCGGAAUUCCCUGGAAAAAUUAGAGCUCAACAGCGGUUUCGGAUUUCCCACGCAACCGAUUCAAACUCAUACCGAUUCUGAGAUCGAAAUGGUCGGAUUUAAUUUACCGGAAAUGGGGAAGCUUAACUACUUCAGGAAUUAUAGGCUCGAUAUAUUUCCAUGUUUGGACAGAAUUCGAGAUUUGGGGGGGAGUAGGUUACCGAAUUUGGGGACGUUGCACUUAUCGAAGGGGACCGAUUACUGGAAACCGCCCCAGGUUCAGAGGUCAAUUGAGCCUGAAUUGACGGAAAUUUUGGAGAAGGAGGCACUUUUUUGCAAUUCUGAGGGGGCCGGUGGACUGAUUAGGUUGGCGCUGGAUGGAAUUAGGAAUCCCGACCUACUCAAAAAUUUAAAUAAACCAUUCCCGCACUUGCAGCGGUUACACUUGAGGAUGGGGGAUGUCGCGAUGAAGGGAAUUCAGAGGGAGGAACUGCUUGGAAAAACGUUGACGGCUCUGGGUCCGAUGGGAUUAAAGUAUUUGGAUCUUGUCAUCCCGUUUCCGGCCCUUUUUAAGAAUUUUGUAUCAAGUUUGGCCCUUUUGGAGGCAUCGCUCAAAGACAUGAAGACCAUGCAGCUCGCCAAUUUUGGCGGAGGAACGAGCAUAAUAACGUACGAGACGGAUUUCGACGGGAUUAAAUCCUUCUGCCACGUGCUCCGCUCAACCGGCAGAAUGCAAACAUUUACCAUUUUCAAAUGCUCGGUAAGCUGUAGCAAUAUGGACACUAGUUCAGAAUCCGAAAUAAUUUGUAUUCUUCAGUUCGGCCUGACUGGAUAUGAAGAAAUUGCAAAAUUCAUGAAAUCUAACAACCUCCCGGUCUCCAUUCCGCGACAAUGUGCAGAUCAUAAUAUCGACUACAAGUUUUAGGUCGUUAAGUUGCAAGUUGUUAGACCUUUGUGCAAUGUGCGUGUGAUUACGUGGAUAGCAAUAAAAUCAUACCUGUUCAAAUAAACUUUCUUCAUUCAAAAUUCAGUCAUCCCGAUUGAUGAAUGGUGAUUUUCACACACA